CACACCUUGGGACAAAUCCUCAGAUCGUGUAAAGUGAUGAAACUCUGUUGAGUUUAAAGGAGGUUCUACUAGUAUGAUAAUAUGACCGAUGGAUUGUCAGAGCUGAGGAGUACAAAAACACCUAGUCUUUCCAUCACACAGUGGACUGAGGAAGAAAAUGUCCAACCAAACUUCUGUGACCGAAUUUCUUCUCCUGGAAUUCUUUGACGUUCGGGAACUGCAGAUUUUACACUUUGUGGUGUUUCUACUGCUUUACCUGGCAUCCCUACUGGGGAACCUUCUCAUCAUCAUAGCCAUAGCCUUUGACCGCUACCUUCACAAACCCAUGUACUUCUUCCUGAUGAAUCUGUCCAUCCUAGACUUCGGCUCCAUCUCUGUCACCCUCCCCAAAUCCAUGGCCAAUUCCCUCAUGAACAACAGAUUGAUUUCUUAUUAUGGAUGUGUUGCCCAAGUCUUUUUUUAUGUAUUCUUUGCUUCAGCAAACUUUGCCUUACUGACCAUAAUGGCGUAUGACCGAUACAUUGCCAUCUGCCAACCACUGCACUAUGAGAUGGUGAUGACCAGGAGAGCUUUUGUCCAAAUGGCAGCCAGUGCCUGGAUCAGUGGUAUUCUCAACUCUGCACUGCACACCGGUAACACGUUUGCAAUAUCCUUCUGUGGAGGCAACAUAGUGGAUCAGUUCUUCUGUGAAAUCCCCCAGCUCCUCCACCUCGCCUGCUCUAACUCAUACGUUGGUGAAGUUGUUGUUAUUUCUUUUAGUGUGCUUUUAUUUUUAACCUGUUUUGUUUUUAUAAUUGUGUCGUAUGUUCAGAUCUACAAAGCAGUGCUGAGAAUCCCUUCUGAGCAAGGUCGGCAUAAAGCCUUCUCCACCUGCCUCCCUCACCUCAUUGUCGUCUCCUUAUUCCUUUUCACUGGCACCUUUGCCUUUCUGAAACCCACCUCCAAUUCAACCUCAGGUCUGAAUCUCUUGGUGGCUGUUCUCUAUUCCAUAAUGCCCCCAAUGAUGAAUCCGAUCAUCUACAGCAUGAGAAACAAGGAAAUGAAAGGUGCACUGAAUAAAUUGAUAGGUUGGAUGUUAUUUAGCAAGAAUAAAAUGUCUAUAUUUCUCCACUGAUCACAGUUUCAUUCUGUGUUUUUUAUAAAUAUAAUCGGCUGAUGACAUUAUCGGCUUCAUGAGAACAUACUGUGCAAUCUGUUUAUGCAGAAUUGGGUAUUUCCACUAAUAAAAAUCCAGUCAAACUUAAGUCAAGAAAAAAAGUAGUUACUAGAGGUUUUUAUCGAUGUAAUUAAGAUCAGAAUCUAUCUAUCUAUCUAUUUAUCUAUCUAUGCACUGCUAGCCGUCACCAUUCUAUGUGAUAAUCUUGCACAUAAAAUCAGUAGCCACGGCAAAGUCCCUACUGGGUUCUCUGGCUGUUCUUAUUUUUCAGGAUAAUAGCUCCGACUGAGGUAUCAAUUCAUUUGUUCUUUGUUUUUUUUCUGUGUGUUUUUUUGUCAAAUUUUUUAGUUUAUUUUUGUUAGGUUGUUUGUUGUUUUUAUUUUUUCUUUG